AUGUCUGGCCAUAUUAGUGGUUUGUUGGAUUACGAUAUGAAUCCUGUUACAGCACAGUAUAUUUUAUUUACCUCAUUACAAAAACUUGAUCAAGCUAAACGUUCUCGUGGAGGUAUUAGACUGCGUCAUAGUCUUAUGAUCACUGUAACUGCACUGAAAGCUAAACAACUUUUAUGGGGUCAAAAUCAAUCAGUUCACGAAAAUGAAUACCUGUCAAAACCUCAUUUACGUGAUGACGAAUAUGAGACUGUUCACUUGGCAUGUCAUGUGUAUGAUCAGCCAGUUUCAAAUCAAGGACUUAAUGAGUUCUCCUAUCUCCGCGACCCAAAUGAACCUUACUUUCCCCCACCAGUAGAUGAAAUGAUGGAAGUCGACAGUACAGAUUUAGUCAAUACUCCAUCUAAACGAUUACGUCAUGAUUACACAUUCUCUUCAUCUCCUUCAGCAGUACCAUCAUACAAUGAACCUUAUCUAGUCAGUAUUAAAUAA